AUGAUCGCUCAAAUCUUCGCCGCUGCUGCUUUGGUCUCCGCCGCCACCGCUAAGGUCUCUAACACCACCUCUACCGCCGUUGUCACCGAUGACGUCGCCACCACUAUUGUCACCAUCACUUCUUGUGAAGAAAACAAGUGUUCUGAAACCGCUGUCACCACCGGUGUCACUGUUGUUACCUCCACUGUUGAAGGUACCGUCACUGAAUUCACCACCUACUGUCCAUUGACCGCCCACGAAUCCUCCACUUCUACCAACGCCACCGUUCCAUCUGUCGAAACCGGUGCCGCUAACAAGUUGGCCGCCGCUGGUGCCGCUGCUGCUGGUAUUGCCGGUAUCUUGUUGUUGUAA